AUGGUCCAGUGCAUCAUCUCCCCCUCGGUCCUCGCUGUGAGUCUACUUAUGUCGGUCAGUGGACAUGUUCCUAACUCUCCAGUCCGACCUCUCCAACCUCAGCGGAGAGUGCCAGCGCAUGAUCAACAACGGCGCCGACUGGCUGCACAUGGUCACUUUGUGCCCAACAUCACCAUGGGCGCACCGAUCCUCACUUGCGUCAAGCAGAACGUCCCCGAGAUCUUUAUGGACUGCCACAUGAUGGUGUCGGACCCUGCCAACUGGAUUGACGACGUCGCCAAGGCGGGUGGUAAGCUGUAUACCUUCCACUAUGAGGCUGUCGCCUCACCCACAUUCCUAAUUGUACUCACACACACAGGCUCCGCUGAGGUCGCCAAGACCGUCAUUGACAAGAUCCACGCUGCGGGAAUGCUCGCUGGCCUCGCCAUCUCCCCUGACACUCCAUCAACCGUCAUCACCGACGAGCUCGGCAACGCCGUUGAGAUGCUCCUCGUCAUGACUGUCCGCCCUGGCUUCGGCGGCCAGAAGUUCAUGGCCGAGUGCCUGCCCAAGUGCACCGAGCUCCGCGCUCGUUUCCCCGAGAAGCACAUCCAGGUCGACGGCGGUGUGGGUGCCGGAAAUGCGUGCCAGUGCGCCCAGGCUGGAUCCAACGUUCUUGUGGCGGGUUCCGCGAUCUUUGGAUCGGCCGACCCCAAGAAGACCAUUGCCGAGAUGCGUACCCAGGUCGAUGCCGAGUUCACCAAGAAGGCUUAA